GUAAACGUGUGUGUGUGUGUGCUUUUGUACGUGCGCGCGCGUUUGGAAAGGCUCCGGUGGUUUUGGGUUGGGAGUUUCCCCAAUAACAGGUUGGCAGUGAGAAAGAACAUCAGGACGUAGCUAGAGCUUCAUCAAGGACGGUGUCGUCCUGGCUGGGUCUGGACUGGAGUUGAGAGUGGGUGGAUAUGUCAUUUUGUUGUUGCCCGAACGAAUCCCGCCUGGAGUUAGGCUAGCUGAUGGAGGUCCACCGAGAAGCGUUGUCGUUGUUGCGUUUUAUGUGAAAUGAUGGGGUGAAGUUUUUCAUUAUUUUGUUCAUUGUGGUCUCUUCGGGAGAAAGUAGUUCACAGCUGCCUCCUUCCUGCUUCGGGAAACUACAUACGUUCUGAAGGGGCCAUUUCCCGGCGGAUAAUAAUACAACCAACAGCUUACUUUCGGGGUGUCCUUUUUUGGCCCGGGUUAAGCAAUUGGGGAGCUGCUCCAGUUGACGUCCGGAAAAAAAUCUUUUCCCUCAGAAGUACGAGCUUAGUGCAACAGUGAGCUGUUUACAAGCUGCUCGAAAUGUUGUGAUCUCUUCCCUUUUCACCCUGGUUUUCGGAUGUUUUAGAAAUACACUAGUUGCAACGAGGCAGCUAUUUAUAGGCAGAACCGGAGCAGAGCGACCGAUUCGAAUUUCCUGUUUUGGAUGUGUCUUACUGGAAGCCUGGAAGAAAGAAAGAGUGUUCAAUUGCAUGUGAAGUGAAAAACACGAGAGGGAAUUGCGCUUUUCAUCCAAUCCAAGUAGCCUUCGCCUUGGCCAGGAUAUCUCUCUAGAAGAAGAAGGUGGCAAAUGAAAAUCCAAUCGAAUGAAAAUGUGAAAAUUGUGUAACAACCCCUAACCUUGUGCGGAAAAUUAGAUUGCGGGGCUACCAAAAAUGACCUAAAGUGCAUUUUCCUAAAGUCGAGAUUAAACUUAGUAAAAAGUACCGCUGUGACGCCCGGCAACGACGAUUAUGCACCAUCAAAACUGAUUUCAGAGCUAUCAAAACACCAUCGUCUUCAUCGGAGCGCACCCGAGGAAUACCUUCAAAAACUUCAAAGGGAUCACCUUUCGUUGGCCCUCGGCUUUUCAGUGGAUUCAGAAGACACAGAUAAUAAAUCAAUUGGAUUGAGCUGGCAUUUCAAAACUAUUCCAUAAAUGAUCGGCCUGGAACGCGAAGUAGAUGAACAACGAAAAUGUGGCUAGAUCCCAGGAAUAAUUUUUUUCCGAACCACGGUUCACCAGCAGCAACCAAACAGAAUGGAGGUGAAGACGGCUCCAAUUGAAAACUACCGGUAACUACAAGGUCACAUGACUGGUUGCGAUGUUUAGAGCACUGUUAUGGCCCAGGCGGCUGGCGGCCAUAGCAUGGAGAGCGAGAUUCGUCCUGAUGCUGCUGAGCCUGUUGGGGCAAAACUGUUGCGUCAGUUUUGCCCAACUUGGGGCUGCUGGUGGGGGCGGCAUUAUGAGAGCGACAAGCGACGGGGCGAUAGGGUCUGUGGGUGUUGGGACCGGGGCUGGAACAAUUAAUCCAGCGACAGGACCGAUGUCGGGUUCCCCCCACACUCAUUCUCCGGAGGCUGCUGGUGGUGGUGGGAGUAGUGGAUUAUCGUCCUCCUCGACACAAGCAGCUUCGACCCGGGCAAGUGUGGAAGCCAUCGAGGAUUCACUGCAGACGAUUCAUGACAUCGCCACCGAAAACUUGGGCACACUUUGCCUGACCAAACAGUUCCGGCCCCUGCGGAUCACCCUGAACCCGGAACGAUAUGCCGGGGCCCGGCAGAAAGCGGACCUCGCAGCGGUCGUCCUCCAGGAUAUGGGAAUCGCUCGACAUGGUGCUCUGCUGGACGCCUUGGCCAAAGGUUUGCUGUCGGAUCAGCACGUCACCAGUGCUCGGAUCCUCUCGAUCAACGUAUCGGAUGGUACCGUUUCCAAUUCGGUCUGGUGGAACAAACCUCUCGCCGGCAUGGGAGGCCCGGUCAAAAAGGACGAAGACGGCCUUGCAGUAGGAAAGGCACCGGAUCCAAGUUAUCCAUGGUUUGCGGACGAAACGUCAUCCUCCGAGUUGCGAUCACCGAAGUUCGCUCCGUCACCCCUGAACAUAUCUUACCGAGGCUGGUGGACGUAUCCGUACUACUCGUGUAGCUACAAACGAUGGAUUCUAUCCUACAGCCUUGCAAUACCACCGAUGGGAAGGCACGGACUUCGUGCAUUUCUCAGCAUAGAUAUUGAUGUGUCAAACCUACAGGUGAACCAAUGUGAGAGUCCUAGUAGGUUUGAGAUAAUGAGCUAUAACCAUCAUCUGCGGCAGUACUAUCCGUUUGUGCGGAGUAGUAGAUUGAGUCAGGAUGAGCAGCUGAACCAGAUUGAAGCAUUUCAUGGGUCGCACAAAUGCCACCUACAUAGUAUGUACUGUGAGUACCGGCCAUCAAUGACGAACGUCGCUACGGUCGUUAAUCCGAACUAUCACCACAUCGGCAAUGGUAGUACAAACUCCAGCGGUGGUCCCUCGGCCAUCAUCAAUAAAAGCCUUCGGGUGGUGAAUGGCUGGAUUCGGGGAUCUUACGAAUGCAAAUGCAAAGACGGUUUCUAUUCGCUGCAUCAUCCUAAAGGUUUCAACGGAAGCAUUAUGGAGGUGGCAUUCCAGGAAUACCGAGAUAAUAUCAGCACCUACUACAUGGACGUGUUCGUAUGCGUACGGUGUGCUCCAGGAUGUGCCACUUGCCGGGGUCCGCAACCUUGCCUUGCCAGCUAUAAUUGGGCUUUUAGAACAACUUUGCUCACAUUUUCGGUGAUGUGCGCGGGUUUCACCGUAAUCCUCACCCUGUACAUGUACCAGCACCGCAAGGUUAAGGUCUUCAAGGUGGCAAGCCCUAUCUUCCUUACCAUUACCCUGCUGGGAUGUGCCUUUAUGUACCUGGAGAUGGCUGCCAUCUUUCCGAUCCUGGACACGUACUCGUGCAUCGCCACCAAGUGGACCCGACACAUGGGAUUCUGCGUGACCUACACGGCGCUGCUCAUGAAGACCUGGCGGGUGUCGUUGACCUAUCGGGUCAAGUCGGCCCACAAGGUCAAACUGACAGAUAAGCAGUUGCUCCAGUGGAUGGUCCCGAUCCUGUUGGUGAUGUUCAUCUAUCUGGGCACCUGGACGCUGUCGGCGCCUCCGGCUGCUGAAAAGAUUGUCGACGGCAGCGGGCUGAUCUUCAAACAGUGCUCCUACAACUGGUGGGACCACAGCCUGGCCAUCGGCGAGGUCCUGUUCCUGGCCUGGGGCAUCCGGGUCUGCUACAACGUGCGAAACGCCGAAUCGCUCUACAACGAAGCUCGCCUAAUCUCGUACGCCAUCUACAACAUCGCGCUGGUCAACAUCACCAUGGUCGCAUUCCAUUUAUUCAUCUUUCCGCAAGCCGGACCGGACAUCAAAUACCUGCUCGGGUUCAUCCGCACCCAGCUGAGCACUUCCACCACGAUAGCGCUCGUUUUCGGACCCAAGGUGCUGCGGAUAUUGCGCGGCCAGGGUGAUCAGUGGGAUCAGCGGGCCCGGAAACGGGGCAUCACGGCAUCCUUCUCGCUCAACGGAAUUGGCCUUGUUCCGGAAGAAACGGCCGACCUGUACCAGGAAAACGAGGAGCUAAAGGAAGAGAUUCAGAAGCUCGCUGCUCAAAUCGAGUUCAUGCGAAUAGUGCACAUGGAGAUGAACAAUCGGCAUCUGAAGCCGAAACCGGGUGGGUACUUCACCCUGAAGAGUCCCCUGGGUAAAGCGAUUGGGGCCAGUGGUGGUGGGAUGCAUUCGUCCUACCGGUUCAAGCAGCCCCAUCCGAAGGAAGAUUCCACCAAGGAAAACAACAGUGGCAUUACCGAGGAUGGACAUAGCGGCACAAACAGCUGCUACUCCGGAACGGCCAAUUCUGUAGGUUUCCCAGCAGCAACAACAACCCAACAACAGCCACAAUCCCAACCACAACAACAACAAUCUAACGGAACCGAACGGGUAUGACAUGGCUACCGAGGUGCACCAGAUUCUAGCUCCCUUUCAAGGCCAGCAGCAGCAGCAUCCACCAAGCCAUCGUCAUCAACAUCAUCAUCGUCAUCAUCAUCGUUAUCGUUAUCUUCAUCCACGUCCUCAUCCUCUAGAUCAUCGGCGUCAAUGUCAGCUAGGACUGAAGCAAAGGUCGUCAUAACUACGAAUCCUUCAUGCAGCCAUGAGUCCAUCCUUUUAGAAUCUCCUUCUAUGACAGCCAUCGAAAGCUCUGGCAAUCCGGUAUCAUCUUCAUUCGCCGAAACUAACCAGACCGAUAGCAUCGACCACAGCAGUUCAACCUCUGGUGCUCAACGACUAUCCUCGACAGCAGCAGCAUCAUCGAACAAAGCUGGAUUCAACGACGGCAAAGAGCCAACAGACAGCAGCAACAGCAGUCUCUCGAGAGCUCAGACAAACGGCACAACCUCUAACUUUCACAACAAUAACCAACAAUCAAGUGCCCCGCAGACAUCCUUAAAAUCCUCCUCUGACUCCUCGUCGUCAACGACAAUUUUCGAUGAGCAACAUUACAACAACCUGAUCAACAAUAACCAUCAAUCUGACAGCAACUCGAAAGAAUCGACGCUGACGACGAUUCCCAUUUCAACGGAUUCAACGGACAGUGCGGUCCAGUUGCUCGCUAGUGCUGCUGCAAAUGAUGGCAAUGGUGACAUCCCCAAUAGCACCACCAACAAUGAAUCGUCCUCGUCGCCCAGUAAAACCGUUGACACCAGAAUCCCUGUUUAUGUCUAAAUCAAAUCCACCCACUGAACCCGAUGAUGUCUGUCUGCGGGCUGAUGCUGAUCCGUGUCACCCUGGAUCUCGGCUGGGGUGAUGUUCCGUUUUAUGUGUUGUCCCAUGCCUCGACCACCCCCUCGGAAAAUCAUCCUUUCAUCCCACGAUGAAACGAAAGCACCGCCAGCCACAAGCCGAAAUGGUUCCACUGGGAGCCAGGGAGCCGAAAAACAAACCGGCCCACACCGGCCGGGCCUUUCCGGGGGCCAUUAUGCCCAUUUGAAAUUAUUUCGUCAAUAUCCAGCUGGCUCCCCAGACCCGUGGGUGGAUGAUAGCUAAAAGUUUGUUCGCGUCACGUAAACCCUCUCGAAGAAGCCAUCAUCAAUCGUCGUCCGUUGUGGGAUAAGCGUAGAGCGAAAAAUCCGACUGCUCCUCGACGAGUCCAGCUGCGGAAAAAUUCACUUCCCCAUUUGCUUUCCAUCCUCCUCAACAAGUGGCUUUGUUCUCAUCAAACGGAAAAUUCUCAAUUGGAUCAAUUAUGAUGGAUCAACAUCCACCAAUAUGCUCGAGAAUGGACAAAAGUAAGGAUCAUUCUAUAAUGGCUUUCAAUCUGUAUUUAAAAUUUUAUUUAAGGUUUUGGGUUUAUCGAUUCGAAACAUAAUUUGAAAUUUAUAAUAUCCGAAUUCACUUUUUCAAAUAAACUUUUGUGAAAUCAAUCGCUAAGAGAACGCACAAAUUUGAAAAGUACUCACUCGAUAACGUAGAAAACUGUCUGAUAUUUUAAGAAUCUUUUGGUAUAAUAAUUGGAAAAAGCUUAUCCAUUUUAAGGGGUAAUUGAAGAAUGUUUAUUCAAAGCUAUGGGAUUUUGUUAUUUUUUAUCCAAAUGAAACAAAAAUGUUUUGAAUCAAACUAAAUAUUUAAAAAACCAAUAUCUUUUUAUUGCAGGGGUUACUUUUAACUUUGUUGUUUAUGACAAAAAAAUUUAUUUUAAAGGUAUUCAAAAUUAUUCUAUUAAGACUGAUUUAGAAAACGUUUUGCUAGCUAGAAGAAUAGAUAUUCACGGUAUCUAAUGAUUUUUAUUUAAACUUUUUAAACAAUAGUCAAUCAUUGUAAUAACUUGAAUCAGUCUGCUGAAACAAUUUCACCACAUUACCCAUCGAUCAGAAACAUGAUAUCAUCAUCUUUCUAAAAUAAACGAAACAAAAUCAACAAAAAAACAUCUGUAACUUAUGAAAACAGUGAGAAAAAUACAAAACUACCCAAAAAAAACAAAUUCCUUGCACAAACAAUGUUCGAUGUCACUAUGUAGUUGAAAUUUGAUCGAUAAUAAAUAAAUUGGGGAAAAGAGCGGAAUAGUUUGCUAAAUCAAUCUGUAAGUAAUCGAAAGAAAAGUUUAAAAAACUAAGCAAAAAAUACAAAGAUUUAGAGAGGAAGGUGAGGAGAGAGAGAGAGUUAAAACAAUAAAUCGAUUUUAGUAAUCGUAUUACAAGACUUGCCAAGCAUCGCAAAACAUGUUAAUCUUACAAUUUCCGGGUGAAGCAAACGUGAAAAUCGCACAUAUAUAAACAUUAUUGAAUCCAGAAAAAAACAGAAGCUGUUUAGUUGUUGAAAGUCGUAAAUUAGGGGAAAAUUGUUGGUUGAGAAUAGUUAUAAUAAAAACAGAAACAGUCUCAAUUCGGGAGGAAUGUUUAAAAACAAAAUGUAAAGUGAUCUCUCUUUAGUGAAACUUCAAAUUAAAAGUGAUUAACUCCAAGUCAAUAAUUAGUCGAAAACAAUAAAAAUAAAAAGGCAAACAAAAAGAAAACUAUUUUAAAAAAAAAGUUAAGCUGGCGUAUUAAGUUUUGAGGAAAGCUAACUACUUCAUAGUUUUGGAAUUUAACGUAAAUAAAACGUUGGCUUAAACUCCUAAGAACUGCUUCAUGGAACGAAAAUUUAAUAAAACAUCUUCUAGGAUGUUUUUUUCUGUUUAGUACGAGAAAACUACCAAAAAAGGUAAAGUUCUAAUCGGGAAAGCCCGAAAUCUUCGGAUAAAAACUUUAGGGACAAUUAAUCUCAGUCGAGCACAGCAAACGGUCAAUAAUCUUGUGAAAAAGCAAACAUAAACCUCAAACAACCAUCGGCCGUAAUCGGUUCAUCCGGAUGGAAGUCCGCAUUAUGAUCCAUCCAUUUCUUCCGAAUAAACAAGCUACAACUUCAUCUCCAAUUUGUGGAGAAUAUGCACACAUAAAUUGGAACGUAGGCAUACGGAUUGUCAAAAAACCAAAAAGUAUGAACCGGAACAGUAAAUUUGAGCAAACCCCAGCUUUGGGAUCAACUUACCAACCACAUCUGUAACUCAAAAGUGGUGCCAAAGUUGAACACAAACAAAUUUCUUUUUUUUUUUCUAAAUGGAAAAUAAAUUCUUGAACCAAAAAUGAGAGCAAACCACCACAACUUUCUCUGCUGACCAAGCAUGGGUGGUGGGAAAAUGGGAAGGUGAUUUCGGUUUUCCUCCGAACUUAUCCAUAAAUAAAAACUUUCACUUCACUUCUUUGUUGAGGGUCAGCCCCGAGUUUUCCAUCAGCCAACAGCUUCGUUGGGAUCACAUUCAACAUUCGGAAGUUAUGAAUAAGCUGCCUACCACUAUUUCAAUAAAAGGAAAUUAGUUUAUUAACCGACCAAAUUUGCAAGAAUAAUUUGACUUAAGUGAAAUUCUGAGUGCUGAUUUCGUAAAUUUUAAUUUAGGCAUAUCGGUGAAAUGUAUACUCUUUGAGAAAAAAUAUCACAAUUGUAAAAUUGGUGAAAAUGGAUAGAUAAGUUAGAAGAAUUUUUUUCACAGGUGUCGAAAAGAGAGAAAAAGCUUAUUUGGUUCGAUCUUUGACGAAUCUGAUUUUAAAAUUUUGUUUGGAAACGCAAUUUCAUUCAUGAAGCUCUUGUGAAAUUCUAGACACAUUUAGAAAUUUUCUUACUUUCGGUCAAUGUCAUCUAACCAAUCUAACGACCAAUUGUACUUUUUAAAGGCAUUUUUACCUCCGUUUUCAAUGAUUGCUCUUAAAAAUCGGAAUUCUAUAAUAUCAAAGAAUUUAGAGCAAAACUUAGCCGAGAAUCUCGAUUUUUUUCAAAUUUUGCACAGAAUCAACGGAUUUCUUUGAUAUUCUGAGAUAAAUUGAUCGUUACUGAAAAAUGUAAAAAAUACCAAAAUAAAUUGAAAAAAAAUUUUACAGGUGUUGAAAAGAGCAAAUGAAAACUUACUAUCGUUUACCAUACUUCCUCCAGCACUGACAGUGACAUAUAUACUUCUUCUAAUAAUAUUUAUUAUCAUCCUUUCAAUUGAUUUUUUUUUUCAAAUGUUACUGAGCUUAACUUGUCUUAAAAAGCAACAUUAAAAAUUUUGACAUGAUACCACUGAUAAGCUGAUGUAACUCUGGGCUCUCUUUUCAUCAACUACAUCAACCAUCAUUUCAAUAGUUAGUGAUUAUACCAUUGAUAGUGAUGGCGCUAGUAGAAUAGGAAAUGCUCACACAGGAGCCUAUGGUUCGGGAAUGAUGAGCUAGAUGUCGCCCAAAAUUUCUGGGCGAUAAAAUAUUCUUUCGUUUGCUUAGGGAAUUACAUCAGUUUAUCAGUGAUGAUACUCCAACGGCAUUCAUAGAAUCAAUAUCACAGAAAACCUUCAAGGAAUUUUGUAGGCAAAUCACAGAGCGACAGAUGCAUUUUUGCUAUAAAUACUGAUUUUUUGGAUUCGGCAACAUAUAUAAGCAAAAUCAAAACAGCUUUCCGUAGAUAACCCGUAUAAUAAAGGUUAUCUAGUUUCCCCUUAAGACCUAGUAGCACUGACUGUAGAUUGAUAACUGAUAUCUUACAAAGAAAUUUCGUACCCAUCUUGAAUUGGAUUUUUUUUUUCGUAUUGACAUUUGCAUUUUUUUUUCGAAUUGACUUUUAAAUAAUUCUCAUAUUCAAAUUUUAAAAAUUGGCAGUACGCAGUAAUAUACUUUAUCAUUGGAAUUUUUACAUCUAUGGGGUUAUAUUAGACACUCCGAAUCGAUUGACCACCCAAAAGUGGUUUGCCAAAAGCGGCAAUGUCUAGCACCUGUUUUGACAUGUCCAUGUUCGUCUUAAUUCAAGAAAAUUGUUUUAAAAAAUCGUCUAAAAAGAAACCUUGCAAAAUAAGGCCGUUUAAAAAAGAAUCCCGUGUAUCGUACUUUUCAACUUUUGAAAUGACUUAUUUUUUUCAUUUGAAUCGUUAUCAAAUUAAUCUGAAGGACAAUCGGCAUUUCGAUUUUCUCUGUGUUACGAUUUCAUAAAAAAAAAAUCUUAAAUUGCAUAGCGACCAAAACCAAAUAUGGGAAAACAUUUUUUCAACAAAAUUUAUCGACAGAUUUCAAAUUGUUUGUAAGGCUUCCAAAAAAAAUUUUUUUUAUAAAACUUGCACAAAAAAUUUCGUUUUGGAGGCACGAAUAAAAAAUGUUCAUGAUAAUUUGAGUCUCCGAAGUCACUUAUCAUAAGGAGUGUAUUCGAAAAAAAUGCAACACUUUGUUUUGUGAAUAACUUUUAAAUGCAUGAAUGGAAAUCAAUGAAAUUUUUAGCGAAGCUACCUUGUAAUGUAUUGUUUAUAUGUGCACAUUUUUGUGAUGUUCUGUCAAGUGAUUUUUGAGAUAGCGCCCAAUAAAGAAGUUUUUCGACUUCAAUAUUUGAGAAACACGUGCGCCAUCUAUAAUGCAUACUAUUAACCACCUUUUUUCAAAUUAAGCCUAUUUUCGAUUACGUUUUCUGUUUCCUGAAGUGACCUUCAAAAUAACUCAAAAUUUUGAAUUUGGUCAAAGCUGUAAAAAAUUUAGCCGAUUGUCCUCCUUCGACACAAAAUCAACAUACAUAUUUGACUUUUUAUCAAUCCAACACAGAUUUUGCGUAUGGAAGGAUUCCAGAUCAAACUUGAACACAGUAUAUACUUUGUGAGAGCUGCUGAAGUGCUUUGCAGAAAAAACGGUCGCAUUAGGAGGCAGUCUUCUUUGUAUUUUUAGCUAUUUAUCGUAUCAAUCGUUAUGAAACACUGAGUGAUUUGCAGUUUCCACAGAUUUCUCUUCUUUCUCUUUAUCUCUAGGAAAUACAGAAAAAACUUGUCAACAAAAAGUUUCUGGUUUUAAACCCUAUCAGGUGACCGCUAAAGAGUUCGUUUUGCAGUCCACUUAAGAAAUUAUUCAAAAUAUCUUCCCACACAGAAACAAUUUUUGACUAUUACCACAGAGAACAGACGUACAAGCUCGAACAAAAAAUCUUCAAAAAAGUGUGUAAAAUUUCAAAUGUUGGCAAAUAUAAAUACGUUGGAAAUAGUCAAUACCUAACUGCGAAAUCUGCUAUUCAUUAACGGGAGGAGGUCUAGCUAUUCGAUUGAGUACGGUGGGUGAUGUUUUAAACAGUCCGGCCCGUUCCAGCUCCAGUGAAAAAAACGGUCGAUGCCCUGAAAUUUUUGCUUUGUUUUCUAUGAGAUUGAGAUCGACUAAAAUUUAUAACAAAUCGCUUACCUGUCCCAGUCUCCUACAAAUUCGAUGCUUUCCCGAUUUGUAGGGACCGUUUUUUCGGAAAACUGAACUCAGUUUCGUAGAAGAAAAAAAAUCUUGAAAGGCGUCCAGUUGCACCACUUUCAAAAUGGCGAUACAUCAAAUUAUUCAACCAUUUUUCAGUUUAUACUCGGAAACUAUCAAAAUGGUUGAAAUUCUAGAUGGAAAAUUUCUUUUAAAAAAUAACCAUAUAGGCAGUUUUGAGACAAAAUUUAUUAUUGAACCAAAAAUGGUUAUAAAAAAUGAGCGUGUAGCGUGUAGCUGAUUCAGAAAGUUUUUGGAAGGGAUGUUCAAGUGGGAAAUCCUACAUGGCAAAUAGGAUUGACGAAAUAUGUAUAAAAAUUAUUAAAAUAAAAUGAAACAAUCUCACCAAAGUCGAUUGAUAGGCGAUGUGAGAAGGAGGCAGUAUGGGUUGAUUUGUAUUUAAUGAUUCUUUUGUACUAAUGGGGAUCAUCCCAGCACUUUCCAGUCGCUGUUGCUUGAAAAUCCAGCAAGUGCUUAUGACUCACCUUUUUCCGACAGUUGCCGUUGCUUUUUUUCUUCAAAGAAUUUACACUCAAUCGCAGCAAUCGGGCAAAAUUGAUUUCUUUCGAACAAUGCCCUUGCGACCAAAAUUUCUGACAACUUAAUGCGUUUUUCACGGUGAAAAUCACAUUUUUUCCAAAACCUUAUCUACAACUCAAUGACCAUGUAUUUUGAACAUAUAUGGAUAUGUUUCUAUAACAUCACUGACAUAAUAUACACAGCAUUUUUUUUUUGCUGGAAAUCAGCAACUUUUUGCUGGUUUUUGUCCCGCUGACUUUCCAGCAAAAUUUCCAGCAAUUUAAAUUGCUGGAAAAAACAGCAAACGUUAUAGCUGGUUUCCAGCAAUGCAAAUUGCUGGAAAAUCAGCAAUCCAGAUUGUUGGAAACCAGCUAUUUCUUUCAACACAACCGGCUGUAUUUAGUAUCAAAUUUAUAUUUUAAUUCAAAAUUAAAUUUUGAUUUGGCUGUGCAUAUAAUAAGCAAUAAAACAAUUAUUUCCUCCCUUUUUUCAAUAAAGGUAUAUAUUUAUUUCCAGAAACUUAUAUAUUUUUUUCAAUAUUCUAUAACACUGGCUCUGGGCUGGCAGCUUUGUGCCAAAGUGUUGAUCAUCCGCCUCUUGUAAAAAUAGCUUCGAUUAGAAUAUUUUAGAGAAUAUCUAUCUGUCCAAGAAAAACUCACCCUUGACUUGUUAUCUGGUUGCUGAAUAUAGAGGAAAAUAAAAUAAUUAUAUCGAUAUAACCAAAAUUCGUAAAAUAGAAUCUCACCUUUCUUCAGCGUACGAAACAAAAACAAACUCCAAAUUGACAACUCGAUUGCCGAUUUUCCAGCAAACUAGAUCAAUUGCUGGAAAGCCCAGCAAUUUGAAAACCGAUUGCUGAUUUUUCAGCAAAAAUGACAAGAACACAACCGAAUGCUGAAAAAUCCAGCAAUUCGAAGACCGAUUGCGAUUGCGAAAUUUUUGUUUUGCUGCAAUUCGAGGCAAAAAUUUACAGUGUAUAUAACAACACCUUUCUUUCAAUCUCUAUUACACUUUUCUCACAUUGAGAAGUACGAUCUGGAAUAUACAAAAAUUCCUAAUUUUUGAAUCACAUUUUGGACUAAACUGGAAAAUCCACCAGCAUCCUCAUAUUUUGAAUAUUUCGGAUUCUCUGGGCAUGUAGAUCCUAUAAUUCCAAUUGGGAAAUUAAAAUCUUUUUCCAUUCAGUGGGCGUGGUCCUCCCAGCAACAUUUUUGCAGAUAUAUUCUUAUGCUGUUUUGAUAUACGUUCCAUAUUCAUUAUAUAAUGAUCGUAUGAACGUUGAAAAAACAGCAUUUACCUACCAAAGUGGAGGCAAUAUACAUAUGGGAGAGUGGGGAAUCAUGGGCCACUUUUUUUCGUUGUUCCAUAACUUCUUUAUUAUAAAAGUUAAAAUGAAAAUAAAAAAUGAUAUGAUUUUCUACAUUUUCAAGGUAUUAUAAGGUGUUUUUUAUAAUUUUUCAAUUAGUUAUUUUCCCCAAAUUCUGACUGUUUGAAAAAAGCAAUAUUUUUUGAAUUUUGAAAAAUGGUGGGGAAUCGUGGGCCACCAAAUCCAAAUUGACCAAAUAACAUGCAAAGUUUAUGAGUUGACCUAAAACUGUGAUUUCCUAAUUCAUUUCGUUAUUUUAAAGCAAUUUCAGAUAAUGAAAUAAAAAAGAGAGGUUUGUAUGAUCGCAUAUAUUCCAAAACAUGGCUCGUGAACGUUUUGGCAAAAUUUCUUAUAUAGGAUGGACAAAAUAUUUUUCAUAACUCUUAAUUUGACAUAAGAAAACUUUACAGAUAGGAAAAACGUAUUUUAAGUUCUGAAUGUGUAUAAAAACUUGAAAAUAGAGGUGAUUCAAGAUGUGUGACCCACGAUUCCCCACAAUCUAUGAUUUGCAAAUUGGUUGCGUUUGUGUGACUUAUUGAUGUUUCAUCAAAAAUUCCUUUUCCACGUGAAAGAGCAUGACAAAACUAAGAUCAUAAGCGUAUGAGCAUAUUCUUGUUAUGCACUUUAGGUUCCACAUCGAUGGAAUUAGCGGGUGUUUUUUUUAAUUAUUUAAGUAAAUUUUUCUAACUUUUUUUAGCUUUUAAAUAAAAGAAGCAUAUGAUGCGUAUUUCAGUCAACAACAUAUAGGAAUAUAUGCUCACGAAAAGCGACGACGAUGACAGUUGGUUUGAGAUUUUUAUCUCAACACACAUCUGAGUUAUUAACAGUGGCCCACGUUUCCCCAUGGCCCACGAUACGCCACUCUCCCCUACAUAAAUUUCAUUUCUAUCUUAAGCAACGAAAGCUACACCAAUUUGGCGUUAUCCGACACCUUAUUCGUACCUAUCGGAAGAAUGCAAGAGAGCGCAAGAUUUUGCUCUCAUAACCUGCAAAUCGUUGAAAGCGACAAUCUUUUCCAGUUCUUGCAUUGCUCAAUAUUACUCAAUUCUAAACUGAUUUUUAGCCAACUGAAUGCACUGCUGGUUGCAGAGAGAACAUUACGAUGAUUUUCUCACUUGAAGCCUGGCGGAAGCAACAUCAUUUCAAAAUUUACAAAGAUUGCGGACUUUCUAACAUAUUUAUCCGAUUUAAACUGACUUCAGAGGACAUUUUAUGCGAUGCCUGCCUGGCUGAUUUCUGAUACGAUUUCAUGCUUGCUAGGCUCGAAAGCCAUUUUCUUAACAAUUCAAACCGGUUGAACAUUCGCCAAUUUAAGAAAAAAAAAUGUAAUUAUUCACUGCUACACUACUAAGUUAUUGAAUAGUACAAUUGACCGACAUUAAAAGAACGUUUUUCACUUAACUUUGUUGAUUUUUUUCAGAUCGAAAUGAAUAAGAAUUUCCGAAGACACUUCAAGCCAAAAAAAUUCAAUUCUGAUGUAUGCAAAUGGACAUUAGAGGCACAAUAUUGGUUAACAAAAAGUCGGCUGUCAAAUUUGAAAAAUAUGGGACUAAAAAAGAAGAAUAAUGGGAGCAAGGGAGUAAAAGAACACUUCACCUCACGAAGUCAAUAUGUAAACGAGUAUUGAAUAAGAAUUCAUGCUUCAUAGAACUCAUAGAAUAGCGACACAAGAAUAGUACCACUAUGUGUUUUGCUUGUUGAAACAUGAAUGAUCAAAAUUCGUCAAAAUUUUCUUCUGCAAUUUGUGUUGAAUUGUUCAACGGAUAAAUCAAGCGUAAGUUUGUUUAUUUUAGAUGAAGCAAUUGGCGUUGAGGAUAAAAAAUAUGGAGAAAAGAAAGGGUGCGAAAUAAGAAUAGUGCCACUUAUGUUUUUCUACAAUUAUUUCUUAAAAGUUUACUGAGUAAAUGGGAAUAAAAAUGCCUCUACGAACUAUGUGAAUAGAUAACUGCAUUUUUAUGCGUUUUAUGGAAUGCCAAAGGUUUUAAAUGAGGUUUUUAAAUGUUUUCCUCUAGCACCAAGGAAUUUGACAUUUGAGCUUCAAUACUUUAUCAAACUGCUAGAACUAGAUUGUCGGAAGUCUGUGUUCAGCUGUCAGUUCACCAGCGACGUUUCUAAAAAUUUUAUUUGAAUGCACAAUAUUAAUUCAGGGUUUACCUUAAACAUGAUUAGAAUUUGAGAAGUUAAGUUUCUUUUGAAUAAAACAUUUCACCUCCAGCUGUUUUAAAGUGACCUUCUUAAAAGAUGAGCCUUGUUAAUCGAAAGAAGCUUUAUCAGCGGCAACUUUUCGAUAGAUACCCCCAUCAUUAUCAACGCCUGAUCAGAUAGAAACAAGAAAGAUCAAUGGCAGCCCAUCAUCUUCGGCUAAACCGACCAACAAACCGGGUGCUGGUACCAUCUUGAGACAAAACUGUUCUCCUUUCGAGAAAAGAAGGGAAAACUUUUGGCCAGAAGGAAAACACCCUCACUCAAUUCGAAUGACAAACAACAACAGCAGCAGCGACAAAAUCAAACAUCGACAACAACAGCACAACACAAAAGACCACUCACUCUUCGGGGUGAAAUCGGUGAAAUCUUAUGUUUUUUUCUUUCUUUGGAAGAAAAUUGUUGCGGCAUUUUUCACCAGGAAAAUUAAACUUUCCACUGGGCGGAUAGCAUCGGUAGCAAAAUGUUAAAUAUUCCAAGCGACGAGAAAAAUAAAAUGUAGGAACACACUAAAACAAACAAGAAAUGAACGAGCCCGGAGUUGUUCAAAUUUUAAUCACUUUCCUUCCGCAUGGAAAGGUUUUUUUUCGGGUGCUUCUGGGACAUCUGGCCGAAUUUGGCCACCUUGGAGUUUUUUGGAAGUCAAGUUUUGGCGGGACAGAAACGAUUUUUCAUUUUUAUUGUUUUGUUGAAAAUCUAAAUAAAAAAAAUUACUUACCUACCGACUUUUAUAACUUUUUUUCUAGAGUUUAGAAUCUUAAGCAUAAUGUGCUUUGCUCCAGAACAUUCCUAAGAGUUGUUGGAAUUUCCCAAGAUUGUCCAGCGUGCGACAAAUCGAGACAGAAUGAGAGUAAGAAACGAGUAUACUCGGGUGGAAGAAGAAACAGAGACAGAUAAGUAUUUUCUCGAGACCGUUUUCAAGGAUGCUGAUAUAAUAUUUUGCGAUGGAGGAGAACGCAAUUUCGUUGCUUUUUUGGGGGCUUCCCAUUUUUUUCCCUUCUAAUCUGUCGGUCGAGUAUUAAGAAUCCUUUUUUUUUCUUUUUUUUUUGGGAAGGCAGCGAUGAAAAAAGAUUUAUGAAAAAUCAGUGAAUAAAAAUUCCUGCGAAGGUCUAAGUACUGACGCCGAUCGUGACAGAAUGAUAGCAGAAAUUUAAAUUUAUUUGGCUGCAGAAGAAAGAAAUUUAAAGAAUACAGGUACUGAGAAACUCGAAUAAAAAACAGGAAGACACAAGAAAUGAUCACAGGAAGAAACCUUAAAUAAGAUAACUAUAAACAGAACACAUUUAAAAACUUAACAAAAAAAUAUGAAACUACGAAAUAGGAACAAUAAAACAGAACUAAACUUCGAAACAACAAUACAGAUUUAAAAAAUGAUAUAAGAAUGAAAUGGAAAAUAUAAUGGAAAAAACUGAAC